GGAAGUGGUCCAGACGUCUGGGGCCCACGCGUUGAAAAAAGUGGUGCAACCGGAUGUCUGGGAAGUCUGGAACACGAAGGCACGGAUAAGGAUACGGCGCGCCGUCCAAGAAGCCAUGUGAAGCCGAAGGGCACUGCAGUCCAAGAGCCCGAAACGCAACACGGUGCAGCAGUGUGCCUGCUUUCUGAGCAGGACGCCAGGGUGCUGUUCUUCGGGAGCGCUCUCCUGACUGUCGACUCUGGCCGUCUGCGGAUAGGGAUAUGUUCGUCGGUCGUGGAGAGCGGGCGAGAGGCGCUACGGAGGACCGCCGCUGUCUCGAUUGGCCCCCCUCCGACCUUCACUCUGCUUGUGGGCGCGCCGCCGUUUCACACCGAGACGGCCCGGGCCUACCUGGCGGGCGCGUGGGGCUCCGAGUGGAAGCGGGCCGCGGACAUGGCGGGCGCUUCCACGGUGGUGCGGAGCCUGAUGGAGGAGACUGCUGCGGCCCAGGCCCGCGUCCCGCAGCAGCGCGCAGAUGGCGCUGGAGCACCGGUGGCUGGCGCAUCCCGACUACGCGCAGGCGUCGGACGCGAAGUUCGCGCAGUGGAGGUCGACCUUCAGCCCGCCAGAUGA